AAGCGUCUUUCCCCAGUGGGAUUAAUCGUCUGUUGUUGCUGUGCACCUGUUUACCGCGUGUUCUGCACAGUGGGAACCGUAAUCGGCGUCAGUUCUGGGGCAUUGUGCUCAGCAACGUAGCCUGUUUACUAAUUUCCUGCUCACGCUUUAAUGCGCCAUUAGAAUUUACCGAGGGGAAGUGAACGCCGCAUUCGGAUCAACCUGGAGGAGAGUAAAAGUCGCUGCAGCUCAACACAAACAGCUACACAACAACUUCAAACAAGCGACGACGCAAAGCCUCGCGCUCACACACAGGAGACGCUCGUGUCGCUGCUACAGAGGCCGGAGCUGCGUUUCUCUGCGCGUGGACGUCGCUGAACAACUUUUGUUCGACGGGUUGUCGGAGCUCGAGUUGAAGCGGAGUUCUGCUUUCAGUCGGAUGGAAGAGCGCGAGACGGGUCCGCAGUAGCGACAGACUGGUCCCGAGCAGAGACAGUCAGGCCGCCGCAGGACGUCUCCGGGUCAAUGUCCUCGCUGAAGUACGCGGAGGAGCUGGACUUCAGGCUGAUCUUCGAGGGUGACGGCAGACAAGCGGCAGCUCCAGAUCUUCAUGUGAAGACUCUUCCUACCUCCUCGCAGCCUCUGGCUGAGCCUCCCGUCAGCCAGGAGCUGCAGAGUCACCUUCCCUGUCACUUCACUGCAGACACCUACCAGUCCCAGGGGCCCCAGGGUGGAGCCCAGGGGAACCUCAGAGCCUUUGACUGCCCAAGUAUUGAGAUCACUUCCAUCGCACCCAUCAACCAUGUGGAGACAGAGAUUAGCCAGGAAGGUUUGGCAGCGGGAGGCGCUGAGGGGGGCUUUCUGGAGACAUCGUGGUCCAGAGACCAGCUCUACCUGCCCCUGGACCACUGCUACCGGGAUCCAGCGCUCUCCCAGAGCCCCUGCAGCAGCCUCUCAUCCAGGAGCUGGAUGUCUGACCAUUCUUGCGAGUCCUUCUCACACGUCUAUGAUGAGGAGGUUGAGCUUUAUGAUCUUCCCACCCUGGGAUCUCCUGCUGGGUCUCCCCUGGGGUCCCCAGGCUGUGGGGGUGGAGCUUUCGGUGUGGAAUUAUGGCAACAAAAAUACCAGCAUCCCUCGGCAUUUAACCCGACGCUGUCACCCUUUCAGUCGCCACUUCAGUCUCCUUGUCAUUCACCUCGCACCAGUGUCACAGAGGACAGCUGGCUUAGUCGACGGCCCAACUCCAGGCCGUCGUCCAGACCCACUUCUCCCUGUGGAAAGAGGCGACACACCAGCGCUGAACCCCUCACCUGUUCGCCCUCCCCCCACCACUCACCCAGCCCGACACCUGGUGCCUCUCCAAGGGGCAGCGUCACCGAUGAAACCUGGCUGGGAUCCUCCCCUGGGGCGCCCGGGCCCCUUCAGGUGUCUGGCUGCCAAGACCUGGACGUUCCUUCCAAGACCAGGAGGACGUCAGGGAGUCAGCUGGGCCAUGUGGGCCCGGAAGACCCCCCGCUGGGGGAGGAGGGACAUGAACAGGAAGGCCUGGCUGAGCUCGUGCUGCACGUGCCUUCACACUUCAGCUGGAACAAACCUAAGCCUGGAAACCCCCCUCUGUUCGGGGCCUUGACCCCUCCUCCUCUGGAUUGGCCCCUGCCCAGCCAGUAUGACCGGUAUGAGCUGAAGCUGGAGGUUCAGCCCAAGUCCUACCACCGGGCUCAUUAUGAGACGGAGGGCAGCCGAGGGGCCAUUAAGGCAGCUGAAGGACACCCUGUUGUUAAGCUCAGUGGAUACAGUGAGCAGCAGCUCAGCCUCCAGCUGUUCAUCGGCACGGCAGACGACCGCUACCUUCGCCCCCACGCCUUCUACCAGGUGCACCGCGUGACGGGGAAGACGGUCACCACCACCUGCCAGGAGAGGCUCCUAGGUGGCACCAAAGUGCUGGAGGUCCCCCUGCUUCCAGAAAACAGCAUGUCCACGAGCAUCGACUGCGCCGGCAUCCUGAAGCUGCGCAACGCCGACAUCGAGCUGAAGAAAGGAGAGACGGACAUCGGGCGGAAGAACACCAGGGUGCGCGUUGUGUUCAGGGUCGGCAUCCCUCAGUGGGACCGUCAGCUGCUGUGGCUGCAGACGCUGUCCAUCCCCGUGGAGUGUUCCCAGCGCUCUGGUCAGGAGCUUCCUCAGGUCGACAGCUUCAGUCCAACCAGCUGCUCUGUGAACGGAGGAGAAGAACUGCUGAUCCGUGGCAGCAACAUCUCCACCCAGUCCAGAGUGAUGUUCAUGGAAAGGGGCCCUGACGGCCGGUCGCUGUGGGAGAUGGAUGCCAGGGUUGUGCCAGAAAAGAGCAGUGAAAGCAGCAUUGUGGUGGAGGUCCCUCGUUACAACAAGAAGACCCCCGGGCCGGUACAGGUCCAGUUCUACGUCUCCAAUGGGAAGAGAAGAAAAAGUCUAGCACAGAACUUCACCUUUCAUCUCAGCCCUGCAGCAGGAGCUCUGCUCGUCAAGCAGGAGCCCUGGGAGCGGGAGCACGUCUCCCAUCAUCCGCCUGCUUUCACUUUUUAUGAUUCCUCCGACCUUUCAGUUCAUCGUGCUCCUCGAUCCCACCAAACCCAUCCUCUCCAUCAUCCUCCCGUCUCCUCCACCACCCUGUUUCCUCACACCUCACCAGCCAUAACUCCCCAGAUUCCUCUUCAGAGCUCCAUCAUAACCCCUCGGGCCUUCACCGGCCCCCCUCAGGUCUCCGCAUUGCCACCUCAGACCUCCUCACUCCCCUCUCAGGUCUCCACUAUGCAGACCCCGCCCUUCCCCACCCACCCUCCGACCUCCCUGGCCCUCCAAAGCUCCCCUGUUGUACCUCAGAGGGAACAGUCUUCAUGUCUAAGCUCCUGUAGAUCCUUUGUACCCCCCACUGAUGGCCAGAAGAGCAGUCUGAGCACCAGCCCAGGUCAGGUCCUCAAUAUCAAACAGGAGCCAGAGGAGCAGCCCAGUCUGGGUUCCCUGGGUCUUCAGGAGAUCACACUGGAUGACGUGAAUGAGAUCAUCGACAGAGACAUCAGCAGCCUGAGCAGCAGCGUUCGACCCGACCAGUUUGACCAGUACGACUGGCAGCACGGCUCCAGCGGCGCCAUGCGGUUCUGUGGAGGCCCUCAGUAGAUGCAGGAUGCUCACGUUUGCACCAAAGUGCCUCAAAGCCCACUAGCAGCGGUGGCGAGGACUUGCAUGAUUUCACGGUCUCAGGAAUUUUACAGGAAAAUCAACUCGUACCUCAGUCAAUACAAAAAGAAUUUGACCUUUUUAAAAGAACCAAAGGGCUUCAAACCGAGUCACGCGGUCGUAAGGAUCAUUACAGAAGCUAAAAGUUGCACAAAAUGGAAAAAGUCGUAAAUAUUUAUUGGCAAGAUAAUUAAGAAAUCUAUUUUUGAUACUCGAGAUCUGGUCUAGUGAAAUGAAGGCUAUUGAGCGAUCGCAAACAUUUUUUAUACUUUGCUUGUCAUCUUUGUGUGGUUUGUUUCCUAUGUUUCUGUUCAACCUGAGCUGUUCUCGUGUGAGUCUGAAUUAUAGAGACAUGUAAGGUUGAAGUAAAAAUAAAAGAUGUCCUUUGGAUGCAGAGACAGAGACACAUUUAGUGGAUGAGGAUUUUAGACCUACAGCUUCACAUCUGAGGCACUCUUGUUUUAUUAAAGGGAGGUCAAAGGUCAGAGCAGGUCUUCUUGCUUAGCAACAAGCAAAGCAGACAAGGCAAAAAGUAAUUAGAGUCAAUGUGCUGAGGCACACGGGCCUAAUGUGCAGCGUGGGCUGAAGUCAUGAAUGUGCCCCAGCGUUUGAGGACGUGUCUGACCACAGUGGGGCAGUGCCAGGUCACGGCCCGUUCCAGGCUGCAACAAGCUGGGCUUUAUCUGUGUAGCCGUGUUAUUACAAGACCUGUGGCUCCAACUCUGACUGAUACAGUCGCUCACUGGAUUUUAGUCUGUUAAUAGUCAGAUCUUUCUCCUCCUGCAGCACUCACGUUUCCUCUUUAACGGUCAUUUAAACAGCUGCUGGUCCGGGUCUGUCUGAACCAAGCACACCUCCUCCACAGCUGAUGCCGAUCCUUCUUUCCAGCAGCUCUGUGCGCAGGUGUAAACCAGGACGGUCCCGAACUCCAGCUGUGCGCUGCCGUCCGUCCUCUGCAGCAGACUGACCAGAGCCGGCAUCAGCUGCAGCUCAAAGGUCCUGGAGCCGCCACAGGAAGCACACGCUGACACCACCUGAGCCAUGUUGGAUGGUGGCUCAGAGAUGAAGAGCGGCUUCCCGCCGCGGCAGUAGCGCAGGAUCUGCUGUGGGCACAGUGAGAUGUUCUUCAUGAAUCUGGAGAAGACGGCAUCUCCGUGUUUGGCCCUGGUCUUCUCGUAUUUCUCCUCCCCACCGCUGCCUUCCUUGCUGUUCAGCUCCCCCACUGUCACCCCCUCUCUGCUCUCGUACUCCCUCAGCAGCUCCUGAGCGUGGUCCAGGUCGUAGCCCUCUCCCAACAGAUCGGACUCGUCCAGCACACUGAUGAAGAACGAGCGGAGGAGGGAAGUGUCCAUAAGGGGUUCACCCAAACGGAGGACCUGAAGUCUGCUCCCAACGUCCAUGUCGCUGUGUGCUGGAUCUUCUGCUGAGAAAACGAGACAAGAUUUUAAUAAUACGGAGACCAAAUCAUAUUCAUCACAUAAUCCAGCAAAUUGCUAUAUGCCGACUGAAGUUUGCUUGGCAGCUUAGUUUAUCAGCUGGAUGUAGCAGCAGGGUUUACAGGCUCUCACACGUUAGGAGCCAGUCAAGCUUGGCAAGAAAACUAUACGUUAACAAGCCUGGAGCCUUUUUCAAAAGGGAAAUGACUGCUUAUAGCAGAAAUACACAUUCAGUGUUGUUUGUAAAAUGUGUUCAGUGGAGCUUUGUAACUUUUUGAAGAAUGGGAGAUUGUUGCUGAUGUAUGUAAAACUAUUCAGGGGUAUUUGUAAUUAUUACUAUUAAAGGCUUGCUGUAUGUGGGA